CACUUGUAUUUCUAAAAAAAAAAAUGUAUUAUAUUAACUACAACUACAGAUAAUAAACAUAAAACUGUAUAAUCUUAUGCUACUGCUAAUGCAGAGGUACUAGAAAGUACUCCAACAAUAUUAUUACUAUAGAAAGUAUUCCAUAUUAAAAGCUAUUAAAUACAUACGUUUUGUUAAACAAUCCCCAAUAACUUGAGUGAUCCAACUUUAAUCGCUUGCCCAUUGCCUUUUUAAAUAAGCCUCCAUAUACUAACUUCCAUGAAAAUUCUGCUUCUAUCAUUUAUUGUAAUGAUUGAAUUUGACCGAUAUUAAAAAUCUGGCCGAUAGCUUGCAGCAUCUGUAUCGAAAUUGUUUUCCAACAUUGUUUCAUUCGCCGUUUCUAAUCAAGGACAUCCAACAUUGUUAAGGUUGUAUCACUUUUCGUCAUUCAAACCAUCGCUGAAUGCCUGCCCCAACUGUAAAUAAUCGACUGUUCGACAUCGACUACAGGAACAAUUAUAGUUUAAUUGAGCGAACUAUUGGCUCAACUGCCAUUUUCAAUCCAGUUAAGCACAGUCACGCUGUCAGCUUGAUCAAACCCAUUUUGUCUUCUGCUCUCAACCGAAACGGUCGAAUUUCUCUAAACUCCUACGUGAAGCGAUAACUGCAUCGAAUAUGUCUGAAUACGGAGAAUCCAACUUUGAGACUGGCUAUGAAAAUUCAGAGUCUCAACAACUGCAGGACGCAGGUCAAGCUCAGCAGCCAAAUGACGAUGCUAUCUGGGAGGAGAACGAUGUGAAUGGCUUCGACCAGCCAGCCAUCAAUGAGUGGCCCGAAAUUAAGAUAUUCGGACGCUGGAGCUGCGAUGAAAUUACAAUUAGUGACAUUUCGCUGCAAGAUUACAUCGCUGUCAAGGAGAAGUUCGCUCGCUAUUUGCCGCACUCGGCCGGACGCUAUGCAGCCAAACGUUUCCGCAAGGCCCAGUGCCCGAUUGUGGAGCGUCUGACUUGCGGCCUAAUGAUGAAGGGACGCAGCAAUGGCAAGAAGCUGCUCGCUUGUCGCAUCGUCAAGCAUGCUUUCGAAAUCAUCCACUUGCUGACCGGUGAGAAUCCGCUGCAGGUCACGGUCAAUGCCAUUGUUAACGCUGGGCCACGCGAGGAUUCCACGCGUAUCGGACGCGCUGGAACUGUGCGUCGUCAGGCCGUCGACGUAUCGCCAUUGCGUCGCGUCAAUCAGGCCAUCUGGUUGAUCUGCACAGGCGCACGAGAGGCUGCUUUUCGUAAUAUCAAGACCAUUGCCGAGUGCCUGGCCGAUGAGAUGAUCAAUGCAGCCAAGGGCUCAUCCAACUCGUAUGCUAUCAAGAAGAAGGAUGAACUCGAGCGCGUGGCCAAAUCAAAUCGUUAAAUGUUAAUUUAACAAUAUGCCAAAACACAAAAACCAAAAUCAAACAAAAAA